AUGUCUAAAACGAUCCAUAUCGAGUCGACCUCGCAGUUUUCCACCCUCCUGUCCUCCUCAGCCAUUGUCGUCGCCGACUUCUAUGCCGACUGGUGCGGGCCAUGUCGUCAGAUCGCCCCCAUCUACGAGCAACUGUCGGCACAGCUGUCGCGACCCAACAAAAUCACAUUCGCAAAGAUCAACACGGAUGAACAGGUCGACCUUGCCCGAUCCUACGGAGUCAAGGCCAUGCCCACGUUCAUGAUCUUCAAGAACGCGCGGCGUGUUGAGUUCAUCGAAGGCGCAGACCCGCGCCGACUGUCCAACGCCGUCAAGCAACUGGCCACCGAGGCGAACAAGAUGGAAACCGACGAGGCCGGCGGGACCUCGAGCAACGGCACCUGGCUCGGAGCAGAGCUUCCACGCGGCUACAGUGAUGUGACCUCUCAAGCCGAUGUCUUGGGCAUGGAACUGCUGAACUGGGACUCGGACCAUGGCAACGCCAGGACCUUGAUCAGUGGUGGCAAACCGAAAGGUCAAGCAGAUGCCCCAACCGACUGGGUUCAAAGUGAUACGGACGAGCAACUCAUGUUCUACCUCCCCUUCCAGUGCGCCUUGAAGAUCCACUCGAUACACCUCACUUCCCUGCCCGGCAGUUCCGAUGACGACGACGACGAAUCGCCCAGCAGACCCAAGUUGAUCAAGCUCUACACCAACCGGCCACGAGUUCUCGGGUUCGACGAGGCGGAGGACACACAGCCGACUCAAGAGAUCACUCUAUCGGAGAAGGAUUGGGACCCGAAAACCGGCACCGCUAAGAUAGAUCUGCGCUUGGUCAAGUUCCAGAACGUGUCCAGUUUGGUCUUGUUCAUCGUCGAGAGUGAAGGGGACAAUGAGAAAGUCCGCCUCGAUCGGAUUAGAAUCAUUGGAGAGACAGGCGAGAAAAGGGACGGCAAGAUCGAAAAGGUCGCUUCGGAUGACUGA